CUUUGCUCGACGCGUUGUAAUUGCGACCGAUCAAUAUGGCCGCGCUCAGGAAGGGAGCAGUGUAUCUCCGUUUCGUCAGGAGUUCCGGUGGUGUCCUGCUGAGCAGCAGAAAGCCUGCAGUCAGUAAACUGGGAAAAUGGAGAAAUAUUCUAUACACAGGUGUAGCGUCGUUAGCUGUGGGCGGUGGGCUGUGUGCUGUACCUUUCAAACAGGUUGAACCCCUUUCUCAUGACUCCCUAAUCAAAAGAGCAGCCUCUCUGGCGACCGACAGCUCAAGCACUUUUCUCUCUCAGACCAGUCUAGCACUAAUAGAUGCCGUCACAGAGUACGCCAAAGCUGUGCACACACUCAUUGCCCUACAAAAACGAUAUCUGGAUUCACUGGGAAAACUGACCCCAGCAGAGGAGGAUUCAGUCUGGCAGGUGAUCAUUGGCCAGCGUGCAAAGGUUAAUGACAGACAGGAAGACUGCAAGCAUUUCGAGUCAACCUGGUUCAGUGCAAUGAAGCUCUGUGAAGCAGCAGCUGAGGCGGCAUACACAUCAGGGGCUGAGCAUGCGUCUGUAACCGCAAGGACGAACAUUCAGUUGGCCCAGUCGCAAGUGGAGGAGGCACGAAAACUCUCACUAGAUGCAGAUAAGAAGUUGGCCGAGACUAAAGUAAUGGAGGUUCAAAGGAUGGCACAGUAUGCCGCCUCCUUAGAGAAUAAUGAGGAGGAAGAGGUGCCCGAGGCUUAUCUAAGAGAAGACUGAAACAAACAGCCACAAGUAUCAGAAAACAAUAACUUCUCAUCAUCCUUACACUGUCUUCUUUUAUGAUCUGUAAUAUAUUUGGUUUGGUCAAACUGAUGUGCUUACAUCAACAACAUCAACAAAAACUUCUGAAAAAGUGAAGGGUAUCUAUAAUUCAGAGCUUCUUGGAAGAGUGUUUCUUUAAUGGGGUUUUUUUUUGGUUACCAACAGUGAACGAACACAAAUCAUUUGUAUUAUGUCAAGAUUUAUUGCAAUAAAGACAAACAUCCUGUGUAAACAAAAUGCAAA